CGCAGGAGAACUGACUGCAAGCGGCAUGGCUGCAGUAAACAAUGUUAGUUUAACAAAGUUACAAUCGUUAAAUGGCAUAUUCUCCAUAUAUAAGAAAUCGGGACCCACUUCUGCAGAUGUGUUAAACACGCUGAAACAAAUGCUGUUAAAAGAGGCUGGUGUAGAUAAACCAAACCCUCGGAAAAGGAAGAAGCAGGCUAUCAAACUGGGCCAUGGUGGGACUCUGGACAGCGCUGCUUCCGGUGUUCUGGUGGUUGGGAUCGGUGAAGGGACGAAGAUGCUCACCUCCAUGCUUGCUGGAUCAAAGAAAUACAUAGCUGUUGGAGAGCUGGGCAAAGCAACCGACACCUUUGAUGCCACAGGAAGUGUUGUUCAGGAGAAAAGCCAUGGUAUGUUGUAUUAUAAAUAUUUUGCGUCGAGAAGUAAACAUGAUAUUCAGACAUCAUGUACAUUGUUUUUGUUUUGUAUUUUUUGUUGUUGUUGUUGUUGUUGUUGUUGUUGUUGUUUUUUUUUUUUUUUUACUGAAGAUCACAUAACAAGAGAGGCUUUUGAAGAGAAGCUGAAGCAGUUCACUGGUGAAAUCAUGCAGGUGCCCCCUCUGUACUCGGCACUGAAAAAAGAUGGCAAGCGCCUUUCUACCUUGUUGAAGGAAGGCCAGGAAGUGGAAGCUAAGCCUGCACGUCCAGUUACAGUUUACAGCCUCUCAUUACAAGACUUUAAUCCCCCACUUUUCACUUUGGAUGUCGAGUGUGGUGGAGGGUUUUAUGUCAGAAGCCUGGUGGACGAUCUGGGAAAAGCCCUGUCCUCGUGUGCUCAUGUGCGGGAGCUGACCCGGACAAAGCAGGGCCAGUUCACUCUACAAGAACAUGUGUUAAGGGAGGAGCGCUGGACCUUCCAGGACAUUUCUGAGGUAUUACAACCCUGCUCAAAGCCUGCAGCUGUGCACAACAAGAGCAAAAAAAGCAAAAGGCAGGAUGCGGCCUCCCAGCUUGGCUCUGAACGUGCUGCUAAAGAUCUCCAUCACAGCAGCCCUGAUAAUGUUGGUGAAGACCGUAAACACAGCAGUGAUUAAAGAGCACUCUGUCGGUGGAAGUCUGAAAGAAAAGUGCUUGGGCACUAAUUCAGAACAUUUAUGUUCCUUCUGUUGAUUUGUGACUUCUUUGUUACACGCUUUAUUUAGUUCGUGACAAAUGGGAACAAACAAAUUGUCAUGUACUCAUGCAGUGAGUAAUGCAGAGAAUCAGCUUCACCACAUCAAAAAGCCCUUCUGAGAUGCACAAGACUUCCUUAUGGUGGAAUUGUUUUAUAACAAUGUUCUGUUGGCUGCCAUCCUCAUCCACUGUAUGUUCCAGAGGCACUCAUACUUGUUUUUCCUGAACCUCAGGCAAUUUGUGGUGGGCCUAAACUGCUCUGUUAUUUUUAUGGCCAUGUGCCCUUUGGCAGCUUUUUGUGGUUAUGGUGUAAGAGAGGAACCAUACUCCCAGUGUUUUUUUUUUGUUCCCCCCCCCCCCCCACACUCCUCGAUAUAAAUAAAAUCUGCCACAGAGGUGGUGACCUUAAAGUUGAACCUCAUUUGUAAUUAAAAGCUGGCCCAGAUGGUAAAUGUUUUAAAGAAAGUGCUAGGACUGCAUUUUGCUUUGAUAUAAAACCAAAAAGGAAAAUAGACCACAAAAAUGCCAUUUCAAAGCUGACAUCUGCAGUCAUGAGCAACUGUAUCAUAUGAGAAUUCUGCUGUUAAUGGACUACCAGCUGAAACAUUGAGCUAAAGGGAAAUUCAGGCAUAAU